CACCGCCUAUAGGACCCACUCCUGGAAGCCGCGGGGCGGUAGCAGAGUCUGUUGGUGGAGUUUGGGUCGCUCCCGGCGGGUCUGAACCCUUGAGUCACGGGUGACAGGUAGACGCGACCGCAGGCUUCUGAUCCGUUUGUUCCGGUGGUGAACUGGACGGGCCAACUUUGGCCGCUGCCCUUUCCCAGUUCCUGCUGACCUUGGCUCAGGGUUGUAGCCGAUGGCGGCUUGGGCUGUCAGCCGAAGCAGGACCGCUGCACCAUACUUGCGGGUAGUAGGCCCUGGAGCCUGGGUAGCUCUUCCGUGCGUCCCCCCAGGCUCCCAGCUUGACUCCCUGGCCUGUAGCCUUGCUCUGGCCCGGACGCUGCACCUCACCACAGCGGUCUCCGCCGGGCACAACAAAUGGUCCAAAGUCCGACAUAUCAAGGGUCCCAAGGAUACUGAGAGGAGUCGCAUCUUCUCCAAGCUUUGUUUGAGCAUCCGCCUAGCGGUUAGAGAAGGAGGCCCCAACCCUGAGCUCAACAGCCAGUUGGCCCACAUCUUAGAGGUGUGUCGGCAAAAGCACAUGCCCAAGUCAACGAUUGAGGCGUCGCUGAAAAUGGAGAAAACCAAGGGCAUUUAUUUGUUGUAUGAAGGUCGAGGCCCUGGUGGCUCUUCUCUGCUCAUUGAGGCAUUAUCUAACAGUGGCUCCAAGUGCCAUUCGGACAUCAAACAUAUCCUGAACAAGAAUGGAGGAAUGAUGGCUGAAGGAGCUCGCCACUCCUUUGACAGAAAAGGGGUGAUUGUGGUUGGAGUAGAGGACAGAGAGAAGAAAGAAGUGAACUUAGAGCGUGCCCUGGAGCUGGCAAUUGAAGCAGGAGCUGAGGAUGUCAAGGAAACUGAAGAUGAAGAGGAAAAAAGCAUUUUUAAAUUUAUUUGUGAUGCCUCUUCACUGCAUCAAGUGAGGAAGAAGCUGGACUCCCUGGGCUUGUGUCCUGUGUCCUGUACCCUAGAGUUCAUCCCCAACACAGUGGUGCAGCUGGGUGACCCUGACCUGGAGCAGGCGGCCCAUCUCAUUCAGGCUCUCGGUAACCAUGAGGACGUGAUCCAGGUCUAUGACAACAUUGAGUAACCAGACUGUACGUGCCCUCUGGCUCCUUGCUAGGCAACUGGCAGCUUGUUCCAGAGCACAGGCUUCUGCAGUGUCUUCUAAGACUGAGGCAGGUCAGUGUCUUCUAAGACCUAGCAGGUUCAGAUGCAUAAGACCUGCAGCUUUGUAGACACAGGAAUCUCCAUACUUCUCUGGGGCCUCUUUGUUGGCUCUGUGGGUGUGUCAGAGCCCUCCUGGAGGAGUCCCCUCACUCCCUCCUGGAUGCAGACUGGGGCUAAUCAGCUGGCCGGACUGUGAUCUCAGGAAGUUGGUCCUUCUGAGGGUGCUAGGUGCUGUGAGGGCCCAUGUACUAGAAACUCUUAAUAACAGUGGGUUGCUGCA